AUGGUGCCAGGGAGCUCCAAGAAGAAGAGGGACACGGAGAAGAGCACGGAGAAGAGCCCGGUGUCCGAACUCUCCGACGACCUCCUCGUUGAGAUCAUGUCCCUCUUGCCGUACAAGUCCACCUGCUGCUGCAAGUGCGUCUCUAGGCGAUGGCGCGACCUCGUCUCCCACCCCGACCACCGCAAGAAGCUGCCCCAGUCAACCCUCGCCGGCUUCUUCUUUGAAACAUACGACAUAGCUACCCAUCAGGGGUCUCGCGAAAGAUGCGACAUAACUAGCCAUCAGGGGUCUCGCCGCUACCAAAGUGUCUCGGGGAACUGGUGCCCUCGCAUCAACGCCUCCCUCUCGUUCCUGCCCAAAUGCGAGAGACUUGACAUUAUGGACUGCUGCAAUGGUCUCCUCCUCUGUCGCUGCUGGAAGAGCAGUGAUGGCAAGAUGAUGGAUUACGUGGUGUGCAAUCCGGCCACUGAAAAAUGGGUGGUCGUGCCUGCCACCAACUGGUCCAGCAAGCUUUGGGCCAUUCGCUUGGGGUUCGAUCCGGCCGUCUCAUCCCACUUCCAUGUUUUUGAGUUCGUACAUGCUUUUGUCUUGGAUGCAGCUGACCGUCGUAGAGACAUUGAAGUGGUGGGGGUCUACUCUUCCAAAGCUGGAGUUUGGACACAUGAAAGUACUAGGAACCUUCUAGUUGAUAUAUACUUCUUUUCACCCAGCGUAUUUUUUGGCGGAGUGAUGUAUUUAUCUUCCUAUGAUAAUUUGGUCAUAGCAGUCGACAUGGAGGGAAAAUGUAAGGUCAUUCAUACUCCUACACCACGCGAUGGUUGUGGUGCUUUUGAUAUUUCUCUAUCACAGGGACGAGUGUAUUUGGCAAAUCAUGGUGAUUCUGAAGUAUCAAUCUGGGCUCUUGAUGAUUCUAGUACAGGGAAGUGGGCCUUGAAGAACAGGGUCAGCCACUUGCAACUGUUUGAAAAAGAGUAUCCAUCAACGCAUGAUUACAAUGUUAUCAUCCACCCGGAAGACAAUGCAAUAAUAGUGCUGUGUUUACAAUUGCACAUGGGGGGCCAAUCAUUGACAAAAGUUUUGUCAUACAAUAUGGAUUCUAGGGAGCUGCAUUUUAUGUCUGAUCUUGGGUGGUAUUGCAGGAUUCCUUAUCUUUCAUAUGUUCCUUUGUUCUCAGAGUCACUCGCAGAUGCGCACUAG